CAACGUAUCCCCUGGCAACAGCAACGUAUCCCCUGGCGACAGCAACGUAUCCCCUGGCAACAGCAACGUAUCCCCUGGUUGUGAAUGCCUGUCCCGAAGGUUCAGGUCUGAUGAGUUAAUGGAGAUUAUUUUGGUUCAGGUUAUGCGGGCGGAGGCAGAGGCCGCCGAGGAGGAAGACUCGGCCUUUGGGAGUAACCGUAGCGACGCCUCCCCGAAACCUCGCACCGGCUCGGGGAAGGAGGAGGAAGAGGAGGAGGAGGAGGAGGAGGAAGAGGAGGAAGAAGAGGAAGGAGUGGCGAGCUGGGCCAGCGUCCGGAUGCUGGGGGACCGACAGAGACAGAGAGCCACCAACGAAGAAGACGAGGUGUUAAGUCUGCUGCUGCAGGGCCCGGCGACCCGGUCCGAGUCCCGCGGCGGUCUGAAGUCUCCGAUCUCCCUCGGCGAUCCCAGCCGGCCGUCGGAGAGCCACCUCGACUCCUUCAGCCGCCAUUUUGAGAGCAUCAUGGAGUCGCACCGGGCCAAAGGGACGUCCUACAGCAGCCUGGACAGCGUGGACCUGCUGACCUCCGGGUCCACGUCCGUCUUCACCUUCGACCUGCCCACCCUCACGCCAGAGAUCCAGGUACGAGACCCU